UAUAUUCCCAUUGGCGCAGGAGAGUAGGAAGUUCAGUGACGUCGUCCAAUCAGAGGAGAGGUUUAUUCCAGAGCGUUGGCUCCAUACCGAGUGGCCCGUUAUUAUUGGAAGUAGCAGGUUAAAAAACGUCUGUCCGAGUUGGUUCUCCAUAUUACCAACAUUCUGAAGACAUGAAUAUGUAUGCUGUGCCCAGCCCUGGAAUACCAGGUUGUCCCCCAGGAUUAGAGUACCUGACACAGGUGGAUCAGCUCCUCAUCAAACAGAAGGUUGAGGUCGUCGAAGCCCUCGUCGGCUUCGAAAGCAACAACAAGUAUGAGGUGCGAAACGUCAUGGGCCAGAACGUGUUCUACGCCGUCGAGGAGAACGACUGUUUGAGCCGGCAGUGCUGCGGCCCCCUGCGCCCCUUCAACAUCCACGUUCUCGACAACUUUGGCCAGGAGAUCAUCAGCGUCACCAGGCCACUGAAGUGCAUGUCUUGCUUCUUCCCCUGCUGUUUACAAGAACUGGAGGUGCAGGCUCCGCCCGGUAACACGGUGGGCUACGUGAUUCAACAGUGGCACCCUUUGUCCCCGAAAUUUAUCGUAGCAAACGAGCACAAUGAGCCCGUGCUGAAGAUCCACGGUCCCUUCUGUGGAUGGAGCUGCCUUCCUGAUGUUGACUUUGAGAUUUUGACAAUGGAUGAAGUCAGUAAGAUCGGGAAAAUCAGCAAACAGUGGACGGGGCUGCUACGGGAGGCGUUCACAGACGCCGACAACUUCGGGAUCCAGUUUCCCAUGGAUCUGGACGUGAGGAUGAAAGCUGUAAUGAUCGGCGCGUGUUUUCUCAUUGAUUUCAUGUUUUUUGAGACCACCAACUAGGAGCCAAACAAGAUUUUUGCAUCACAUUCCUGGAGGAAGAGGGCCCCAGAGCCAUGAGGAUCAGUCCCUAAUGCCGAUUCAUCGAACAACCUUCAGUGGAUAUAGAAAGUACAAAAAAUUGUGCCCAAAAAUUCUAAAACUGCAUGAACAAUGAAAUAUAGAAGGUUUGUUUUUGUUUCAGCUGCUCAGGUUCGUUUGUCAUGUUGCUGAGCUGUGUGGGUUUGACUUAGGGUUGUUUUGUUUGUUUGUUUUGUUUUUUUAAUAGCAGUGAUUAUAAGGAUGUUCCCAUGUUUAUUUAUGGGGUGUAUUUACAUGGUAGUCACUGAUUAAAUUUUCAGCCCAAAGUUUUUUUUAUAGCUGUUAUGAAAGUACAUUUUUACUAUAGGAAGACAUUGAUUUAUGAUUUGAAAAGGGAAAAACAGCCAUGUUCUGUUAUACAGUUUGGAAAUAAAUAUGGUAUUAGAACGUUGUCAAUUUAGAUAUUUAUUUAAAAAGUUACCAAUUUUUCAGCUAUAUUAGGUGGCGUGAUAAAGAAUGUGUUACUACGAAAAGAAAGUUUGCCAGUGAGCUUUGAGUGUGUUUUGAGUGAAACAUAUACUGUCAUAUUUAAGGUUUUGCAGCAUCUAUAGCUUCAUUUACACGGUAGAUAUUUUAUUUUCGUUGAUUGUAUUUUAUUUCAUCUGGGAAUGAUUUGCAGCUUCUUAUGACAUGUCAGCACUGACCACAAGAGGGAGCUAGAUAGUUACUUAGUACUGGUUCAUUUUGCCAAAUGAACUAUCUCAAAACCCACCUAUGGCAAAUAAGUUAUUUAUUAGUAUAUCAUACUAGAGUGUAUUUUUGAACUAAAAACUCAGGUUGAAAUGCAUGCUGCUGUACUGUAGUGCUGAUUACUGCUGAUUCUGGAAAUUACGCACCGGCAUUUGAAUCUACGUAGAUCAGGAUGAGUUAUUUAUUUGUUUUGUGUGUUUGUUUUUUUCAUCCUGAGGAACAUGGAGGGAGUGAUCUUGAUAUCCAUGUUCGUCCUAUUCCAUUACGUUUGUGACUGUUCUGCAGUUUCAAUGUCAGAAAUCAUACAAAUAUUAUUCCUUAAAAGCCACUGACCCCCACUCGGCUUUCAGUCAAAUAGAAAUGUAUAUCGCAUUGUAACAAUUAAGUUAUAAACAUGGACUAUGUGGAUAAAAAUGCCAUUAUUUUUGUAGUGCUAAUUGUGUGUUUCGUUGUUGGAUUUUUUUUCUUGUUUUUUUUCACAUCCUCCUCAAUUUGCAGACUUUGAAAAAAAGCCAUUUUAUGUCAUAUUAAGUCCUAAAAUUCUAAAGACUUUUAUUUUUGUAAUGAGUACUCAAUACUGCCAGUCAGAGAACCUGAUGAUGCCUGUGUAAAACUAAGAUGUCCCACAGAUGUGUCAACAGUGUUUUAUUCUGCCUUCAGUGUGCCGGCACUUGCUUGUAGAAUUACCAUAAGUGGAUUUAAUUCGCCAGAUCUAUUUCCAUUCUUGAUUUGGAGACUUUAUGAAUAGUUCUAAAGUUGGAUGUCUUUUUCCUGUUUUAAUGGCAUACGGUUUAGCUAAAGUAAAUGUCACAAUAUGUUCUUUCCAAUGGCCUGAUCAUUUUAUUGUGCAGUACAAUGUGCUGAAAGGAAGAAAGAACUCUCAAGGCAUUUGUUUGUGUGACCAAUCAUCGGCGUAAGACAGAAUGUGAUACAACGGUACAUUUUAUUAAAGCCUGUAUUCUACCUUUGCACUACUACUGUGAGCUAAAAAAAAUGGUUAGUCCUUGCAAUGUGUUGAAACUGAGCUUGGCUUAAAUUGUGCAAAUAGUCUGUAAAACCACCUCAAUAAAAUUUGCAAAACUGUGUU